AAAUGGCUCCACCAUCUUCCACCUCCAUCCACCUCCUCCUCCUCCCUCUAUUUCUUGCCUUUUCGGUUGCCACGGCCGGUCCAGCCCACGGCCUUGGUCAUAGAAGAUCCGGUAAGGGUCAUGGCUCCGAUGGCAAAAAAGGUGCAAUGCCAAUGCCAAUGCCAAUGCCAAUCCCGGUGUCAGCAGGUGGAAAUGGAAUUGCAAUGCCCGCGGGUGGACAUGAGGUCGAGACUAAUUUUAAGGGUUCAUGGGCAAUCGAUAACCCAAAUGUGGGUGUUGCUGCCAUGCAAUUCCAGUUGAUGCCCAAUAACAAGGCGGUGUGGUUUGAUACAACCUCGCUUGGCCCGUCUGCUCGAGAACUUGGUCCACCUGGCAACUGCCCAAAAAGCCCUGAGAUGAACUUUAAGCCAGAUUGCUAUGCACAUGCCAUUGCUUAUGAUGUUGAGACCGGACAAAGUCGAACCAUAUAUAUGGACGGUGAACCAUGGUGUUCUUCGGGAAACUUAUGGCCAAAUGGUGAUCUUGCUGCUACUGGUGGUACCAGAGGUGGUACCAGAUCCGUCAGAAUGUUAUCGAUGGCUGACCCGCAUGCCAAUUUUGUGGAGAAGAAAAACGUUCUUGCUGAUAAAAGAUGGUAUUCAUCCAACCAAGUUCUAGAAGACGGAAGCGCAGUUGUGGUGGGUGGCAGGAACUCCUUCAGUUAUGAAAUUGUGCCACCAAAUAAACUUGAAUUCCCUCCAAAGAGAUUCAACCUGCCUUUCCUCCAAGAAACCACUGUACCGAAAAAACCAGGACCUGGAAUGUACAUCGAAAACAACCUCUACCCUUUCGUCUUCCUUAUACCUGACGGCAACAUUUUCCUCUUCACCAAUGACCGUGGCAUCAUCUUCCACCCACACACAGGUGCCAUUGUUCGUCAAUUCCCAAAACUUCCUGGCGGUGCAAGGAACUACCCACCUUCGGCCAUGGCUGCCCUCUUCCCGUUACUCAUCACCCCAGGAAACAUUCAUGCAGAGGUGGUUAUUUGUGGCGGCAAUGUACAGGAAGCUUACCAAUCAGUCGAUAGCAAACACACAAAAAAUAGAGUGUUCAUGCCAGCACUCAAGGACUGCCACAGAAUCGUGUUAAGUAAUCACGCUUCAACGUGGGAGAAAGAACAAGACAUGCCAUCAGGAAGAUGCAUGGGGGACCUCCUCCACCUUCCAACAGGAGAUCUUCUAAUGAUUAACGGUGCGAAAAAGGGAGUUGCCGGUUGGGAAAACGCAAUUGAUCCGAAUUUCACUCCUGUAUUAUAUACACCUAAUAAACCAAUGGGUCAUAGAUUUAAGGAAAUGGCUCCAACCAACAUUGCAAGAAUGUACCAUUCUGUAGCGGCAUUGAUACCCGAUGGCAAGAUUUUAGUCGCCGGAAGUAACCCACAUGCAAAAUACACUUUGAAGGGGGAGUAUCCGACAGAGCUACGGGUGGAGAAGUUUUCCCCUCAUUAUCUUGACCCAGCUCUUAACGGUCUCCGGCCGGUGAUCUCACCACAGGCUUCAGAAAAAGUGCUAAAGUAUGGUAAAGAAUUCAAGAUUGUAGUGAAAUUCCACGGGGGCAAUGCAACACCUCAAGAUGUGAAGGUGACAAUGCUUUACCCACCAUUUACGACUCAUGGGUUCUCGAUGAAUCAAAGAUUAUUGAUUCUGCCGCUCAAGGUGGUGACAAAUGACUUGGUCACUGCCGUGGCACCACCAUCCGGAAAGAUUGCUCCUCCUGGGUACUACAUUCUAUUUGUAAACUACCGAGGGGUUCCCGCCAAGGGUAUUUGGGUCCAUAUUGACUAAGAGAUGCAUGUUUUCUGGUAUGUACAAAAACGAAUGUUUGACAGAUUAGGUCAAACAUUUGUUUUUUCCAACUAAAGAAUUACAUAGAGUUAAAAGC